AAUAUUCUUAAUAUGAUAUUCAGGGUCAUGGAUUGAGCUUGAAUCAUUUUAAAUGUCCAUCUACCACUGCAGAGAGAAAGAUAGGGAGAAGUCAUCUCCUGGAGCUGAUUCUCAACUGAGAAACAGAGCUUAGCAAGUAAUCCAUGGAGGACGCAGACGAUCGCCUCCAAGAAUUACAUGAGGAGAUCACAAAUCCUCUCCUUCCCGCUGAAGAUGAGCUUCAAAACUCUCCAAUCGAACAAGUCGCCCUCACCGUUCCCAUCACCGACGACCCAAAUGCGGCCGUCGUAACGGCCCGGAUGUGGAUUUUGGGAACGGCAUCCUGUAUUCUCCUCUCUUUCUUGAACCAGUUUUUCUGGUACCGCAAAGAGCCUCUUAGCAUCACCUCCAUCUCCGCCCAAAUCGCCGUGGUUCCCUUGGCCAGAAUGAUGGCGGCGUUGUUGCCGGAUCGGAAAUUCUUUGCUGGAUGUAAAUGGGAGUUUAGUCUCAAUCCGGGUCCGUUUAGUGUUAAGGAACAUGUUCUGAUUACGAUUUUCGCCAACGCUGGAGCUGGAAGCGUUUAUGCGAUCCAUAUUGUGACGGCCGUUCGGGUCUUUUACCGGCAGAAGAUUUCUUUCUUUGUUUCUCUGCUCGUCGUCCUUACCACACAGAUUUUGGGUUUCGGAUGGGCGGGAAUAUUCCGGCGGUAUCUUGUUGAGCCGGCAGCCAUGUGGUGGCCGUACAAUCUCGUUCAAGUCUCGCUCUUCAGUGCGCUUCAUGAGAAGGAAGUUCGUGCAAAGGGCAGCCUAACUCGCAACCAAUUCUUUCUGGUUGCCUUCAUCUGCAGCUUUGCCUAUUAUGUCUUCCCAGGUUAUCUCUUUAGUAUGCUCACAUCCCUUUCAUGGAUCUGCUGGAUCUAUCCAAACUCUGUCUUUGCACAUCAACUUGGCUCCGGCCUCCGUGGGCUUGGAAUUGGUGCCAUUGGUCUUGACUGGUCCACUGUUUCCUCCUACCUGGGCAGCCCCCUUGCUAGCCCCUGGUUUGCCACGGCUAAUAUUGCUGCAGGCUUCUUCAUCAUCAUGUAUGUCAUAAGCCCCAUAACAUAUUGGCUUGACGCCUAUCAUGCCAAGACCUUCCCCAUAUUCUCUGACAACCUCUUCACCUCCAAUGGACAGAUCUAUAACGUAACAAGUAUCAUAGGCUCUGAUUUCCACCUUGACCUCAAUGCCUAUGAGAAGAAUGGCCCAAUCCAUAUGAGCACAUUUUUUGCAAUGACUUAUGGAGCAGGAUUUGCAUCACUCACAGCUAUUAUCUCACAUGUACUCUUGUUCCAUGGAAGUGAAAUAUGGCAAAUGAGCAAGUCCGCAUUCAAAGACAAGAAGAUGGAUGUCCACACAAGACUUAUGAGAAGAUACAGACAAGUACCAGAAUGGUGGUUCAUCUGCAUACUUGUGAUCAACAUUAUCCUCACCACCUUCGUCUGUGAGUACUAUAAUGAUCAGCUCCAGCUACCCUGGUGGGGAGUUCUAUUAGCAUGCGCCAUUGCCAUGUUCUUCACUCUACCUAUUGGCAUCAUCACCGCGACCACCAAUCAGAAGCCUGGAUUAAACGUUUUAACGGAGUACAUCAUUGGAUAUUUGUACCCUGGUCGCCCUGUUGCGAACAUGUGCUUCAAGGUUUAUGGCUACAUCAGUAUGUCUCAAGCCUUGAUAUUUCUGCAAGAUUUCAAGCUUGGUCACUACAUGAAAAUACCACCAAGGACAAUGUUCAUGGCUCAGGUUGUGGGAACUAUGAUUUCUUCUUUGGUCUACCUUUGCACUGCAUGGUGGCUAAUGGGUUCCAUUCCCAACAUAUGUGACAGAGAAGUCCUUCCUUCAGAUAGCCCAUGGACAUGCCCAGGCGACCACGUCUUCUAUGAUGCCUCUGUCAUUUGGGGACUCAUCGGUCCUCGCCGGAUCUUUGGUGACCUUGGAAGCUACUAUGCUAUAAACUGGUUCUUCCUUGCUGGAGCCAUUGCUCCACUCCUUGUAUGGAUUGCCCACAGAGCAUUCCCUUCUGCAAAGUGGAUAAAGCUUGUAAACGUGCCGGUGUUGAUUGCCGGCCUCGGAAGUAUGCCACCUGCAACGGCGGUCAACUUCACUACGUGGAUCAUUAUUGGGUUUCUUUCAGGCUAUGUUGUGUACAAAUACCAUCGAGAGUGGUGGCAGCGGCAUAACUAUGUGUUGUCAGGGUCGCUUGAUGCAGGGUUGGCAUUCAUGGCGGUGCUGCUGUAUGUGUGUCUGGGACUGGAGAACAUUACCUUGAAAUGGUGGGGCAAUGAACUGGAUGGUUGCCCUCUAGCGUACUGUCCAAGCGCUGAAGGAGUUGUGGUAGAUGGAUGCCCAAUCUUCUCUUAGGGUCUGUUUGAGGGAAAAUUAUUAGGUACAGACACUGGAUGUAGAGAUACACGUCCGGACAUUCACUUAAAGUGUGACAUGUGGAGUGUGUUUUUGUUAUACUUUUUGUGUGUUUUAUCUGCGUUUUAGUUGUACUUUGACUGUCCUUUUGUUACGCUUUUUGACUACGUUUUGGCUGCACUUUUGAUGAGCUUGACUUAAAGUUCCGUGGACGCAUUAAAUAUAUAAAGUCACUUCACGUGUCAACAUUUUAUUGAAGUCUGGACGUAUCUCUACGUCUGAUGUCCGCACCUAAUAACUUUCGUUGUUUGAGAAGACGUUCUUAUACAUUGCUUUUCAUAUCAUAAUUACAAUUCUAUUUUAUUA